AUGGAGGCGGCCGCAGGUUCCCCCGCGGGCGAGGCUCUGCGGUGGCUGGGGGCGCUCCGCUUCGACAACCGGGCCUUGCGGGCCCUGCCGCUCGACCCGUGCGAAGACGUCGUGCCCCGGGCCGUGCCGGGCGCCUGCUUCUCCCGCGUGAGGCCUAGCCCCGUGCGGAACCCGCGGCUCGUCGCCCUGUCGCCGCCGGCGCUGGCCCUGCUGGGCGUGAGGGAGCCGCGCACGCCGCGGGAGGAGGCCGAGCUGGAGGCCGAGGCGGCGCUCUGCUUCAGCGGCAACCGCCUCCUGCCCGGGUCGGAGCCCGCCGCCCACUGCUACUGCGGCCACCAGUUCGGCUCCUUCGCCGGGCAGCUGGGCGACGGCGCCGCCGUGUACCUGGGCGAGGUGCUGGACCCGCGCGGAGAGCGCUGGGAGGUGCAGCUGAAGGGCGCCGGGCUCACCCCCUUCUCCCGGCAAGCUGAUGGUCGUAAAGUUCUGCGAUCAAGCAUUAGAGAAUUCCUUUGCAGCGAAGCAAUGUUUCAUCUGGGAAUUCCCACAACCCGAGCAGGAACAUGCGUAACAUCCGAUUCGGAGGUUAUUCGGGAUAUAUUUUAUGAUGGGAAUCCAAAGAAAGAGAAAUGCACAGUUGUCCUGAGAAUAGCACCAACAUUUAUCAGGUUUGGAUCAUUUGAAAUUUUUAAGCCUCCUGAUGAAUUUACUGGACGUAAAGGCCCCAGUGUUAACAAAAAUGAAAUUCGAAUACAAAUGCUUGAUUACGUGAUCAGCACUUUUUAUUCAGAGAUUCUGCAAGCUCACUCUGACGAUAAUAUUCAAAGGAAUGCAGCCUUUUUCAGAGAGGUAACAUUGAAAACAGCAAGGAUGGUUGCAGAAUGGCAGUGUGUUGGAUUUUGUCAUGGAGUGCUCAACACUGAUAAUAUGAGCAUAGUCGGUCUUACAAUUGACUAUGGACCUUUUGGUUUUAUGGACAGAUACGAUCCUGAACAUAUUUGCAAUGCGUCUGAUAACAACGGGCGUUACGCUUAUAAUAAGCAACCAGAGAUCUGCAAAUGGAAUCUUGGGAAACUUGCUGAAGCUUUAGUCCCAGAACUGCCCUUGGAGAUCAGCAUGCCCAUUCUGGAAGAAGAAUACAACGCAGAAUUUGAGGCACAUUAUAUGCAGAAAAUGAGAAGGAAACUAGGAUUCAUUCAGCUCCAGCUAGAAGACGACGAUAAACUGGUAUCUGACCUUUUAGAAACCAUGCAUGUCACAGGGGCAGAUUUUACAAACACUUUCCGCUUGCUGAGCUCUUUCUCAGUAGACUCCGAUCCUUCAUCACUGGAAAACUUUUUAGAUAAGAUUUCAAAGCAGUGUGCUUCUGUAGAAGAACUGAAAGCCGCUUACAAGCCUCAAAUGGAUCCAAGACAACUUUCAAUGAUGCUGAUGCUAGCACAGUCUAACCCUCAGCUAUUUGCCUUAAUUGGAGCAAAAUCCAACAUAAAUAAAGAAUUGGAACGCAUAGAGCAGCUCUCUAAGCUGCAGCAGUUAACAGCAGCUGAAUUGGUCAGCAGAAAUAAAGGGCAUUGGAAAGAAUGGCUGCUGAAUUACAGAGUUCGGCUAGAAAAAGAAUUAGAACACACUAGUGAUGCUGGUGCUUGGAGCGCCGAACAUCUGAAAGUUAUGAAUUUAAACAAUCCAAAAUACAUCUUGAGAAAUUACAUUGCUCAAAAUGCUAUACAGGCAGCAGAAAACGGUGAUUUCUCAGAGGUACGGAAAGUCUUGAAGCUCUUAGAAAAGCCCUACGAAGACACAGAAUGUGAGGAGCCUGCAGAGGAAGAAGAUUGGGCUGUUGCUGCUGCCUGCAGUUCGAUGACCAGUAGCAAGCUUCCAUACAGCAGUAAACCACCCCUCUGGGCUUCUGAGCUCUGUGUCACAUGA